AUUUAGGGUGGGUGGGCCACUGACCUCAACUGGCAGUCUUGAGUUUGGGGGGGGGGAGCGCAGGGAUGUUUCUCGGACACCUGGGUCCGCCCCAGCCCCCUUUCCACUCUGUUUUCCUCCCCAUGUUUCCCCAAGAUUUAUUUUCCCUGUCUUAAUGGAGCCACGCCAUAACAAUUCCUCUUCCUCCCGUGCCUCUGCAUGAGUCUCUGUUCAGGCUUCUCCCGCCUUCUGAGCGCUGGGAUUGGCUCACUGCCCUUUCACUCCCCCUUUUUCCAGCACAGAGACUCUGCAGAAGCGCCUCUGCCCUUUUCCUUCCUGCGUUCUCCAUCCAUCCGGAACAGGAACUCGCGCAGAGAGACGCAUGCCUCACUCUGUGCUUCUGCAAGAGGAAGAGCGAAGCGUCCCUUAGGCAUAUUGAAGCGGCUACCAACUAUUUCACCCUCUUUCUCCUCCAGAACAAACAUCAUGACAUCCCCGUUUGUGGUCGAGAGCCCGGACGUCAAGUACACCCCAGACUUCAUUGAGGCCAGAUACAGCUACCCCACAGCUCAAGUCUGCCAGGAAAACGGGGUGACCAAGGUGAAACCAUCCUCCACCGAUGUCGUUUUCCGCACGGAGAGGCGUGUCCCCAAGCUGGGCGUGAUGCUCGUCGGCUGGGGCGGGAACAAUGGCUCCACGGUGACGGCUUCUGUCUUAGCCAAUCGGCUGGGCCUCUCCUGGAUGACCAAGACGGGACGGAAGCAUGCGAAUUAUUAUGGAUCUCUCCUGCAAGCCUCCACCGUGUGUCUGGGCAGUGGUCCGGCCGGUGACAUCUACAUCCCUUUCCGGGAUCUUCUCCCAAUGGUUCACCCCAAUGAUAUCGUCUUUGAUGGCUGGGACAUCUCUUCCCUGAACCUGGCGGAUGCCAUGCACCGGGCGCAAGUCCUCGACUGGGCGCUGCAAGAGCAGCUGCGCCCCCACAUGGAGAACCUGAAGCCAAGGGCCUCCAUCUACAUCCCCAAGUUCAUCGCGGACAACCAGGAGGAGAGAGCGGACAACGUCCUGACGGGAACUAUCGCACAGCAGAUGGCCCAGAUCCGACAAGAUAUCCGGGACUUCAAGAGUUCCAGCGGGGUAGACAAAGUGAUUGUGCUCUGGACGGCCAACACGGAGUGCUUUUGCGACGCUCAGCCCGGUGUGAACGACACAGCCGACAACUUGCUCCAAGCCAUUGAGUGCGGGCUGGACGUCUCGCCCUCCACCCUCUUUGCCGUCGCCAGCAUCUUGGAGGGGUGCAGCUACAUCAACGGCUCUCCCCAGAACACCUUCCUGCCAGGGGUCAUCCAACUGGCGGUUCAACGCCGCGUCUUCAUCGUCGGCGAUGACUUCAAGUCCGGUCAGACGAAGAUAAAGUCGGUCCUGGUGGAUUUCCUCAUCAGCUCUGGAAUUAAGCCCGUCUCCAUCGUCAGCUACAACCACCUUGGCAACAACGACGGGAAGAAUCUUUCUGCCCCGGCCCAGUUUCGCUCCAAGGAGAUUUCAAAGAGCAACGUCGUGGACGACAUGGUACAGUCGAAUCCCAUCCUCUAUGGGCCCGGCGAGCGCCCAGACCACUGUGUGGUGAUCAAAUAUGUCCCCUACGUUGGCGACAGCAAGCGGGCUCUGGACGAAUACACCUCCGAGAUUGCAAUGGGCGGCACGAGCACCAUAGUCAUUCACAACGUCUGCGAGGAUUCCUUACUGGCCAGCCCUAUAAUCUUGGAUUUGGUGAUUCUGGCUGAGCUCUGCGAACGGAUCCGAGUGACCGUCGCGGGCGACUCGGAGCCUGAGCCACUACACAGCAUCCUGUCUCUCCUGGGUUUCCUCUGCAAGGCUCCCCUCGUCCCCGAAGGAGCGCCAGUCGUCAAUGCCUUCUUUCGCCAAAGGGCCGCUAUUGAGAACCUGUUCAGAGCCUGCGUGGGUCUCCCCCCACAGAACCACAUGCAGCUGGAGCACAAGACCCGGAGGACGUGGCCCUGCGCCAAGCAGGCCCCCCCGACGCCUACCCCAGCGGCUCGGCCGCCCGCCCCCAAGAAGGCCGCCCCUCACGUGAACGGAUUUGUGCGGUCGGCAGAGAGCAACGGGCACCAGCCUCCCGCAAGCCACCUCCUCGGUUUGCAAAACUAGGCUGGCACACCGAAUCGUGGCCGGGCCACACGGCUUGGUUAGUUUUUUGUGGGGGUGGGGGUGGGAACGAUCCUUCUCUUUCCAACAAAAAUUCAGAAGCUGCGGGUGUUUCGG